UCAAAGGGCGUCCGAACUGCACGAUCGAGCCCCCUGAACACACAGAAACCCCUUUCUUUUCUGUGUGUUCAGGUUUAAUAUUUGUCUUGCAAUUUCACUUUCACAUUUGUAGAGUACAUUUUUCUUUUCUCCGACUAAGGGUUUACUUUUGCCAUCUCAAAACAUACUCAGGUCUGAAAUCAGAUUGCAGGAUGCCACACCAAUACUUGGCCUUUGUUCCCUCUCUCCUUCCUGUUAAAACUGUCGCUGGCUGUGUUUGACUUUCAGUGUGUCAGUGCAGCCGCGAGGUUUCUCAUCCGCCUCCUCUCUGAGUUUCGACACUUUUCUCUGACUUUGAGAGGAACAGAUACUUUUAGUAGCAAAGACAGACUAAAAGAAAGGUAGAAGCAUGUGUUGUACGGGGAAAUGUGCCCGCCUGGUGGGCCUCAUCCUGCUGCCUUCAGCGUUCAUCUGCAUGAUCGCCAACCUGCUGCUGUUCUUCCCCGAUGGGAAGAGUCUGGACAAUGAUCAGAUCUCCUUACAGGUCUGGCUCAUGGGGGGGCUCAUCGGAGGAGGCCUCUUUAUGUUGUGUCCGAGCUGCUCAGCUAUCAGGGCCGGGGGCAAGGGUUGCUGCGGAAAUGGUUGCUGUGGGAACCGUUGCCGGAUGCUGAACUCAGUUUUUUCCUCUGCUUUCGGCCUGGUUGGAGCAAUCUAUGGCACCAGUGUGUCCUCUGCAGGUCUGGCUGUUGGACCCAUGUGUCAGGUGGCCGGCGGCCAGUGGGAAUACCCCUUUGAAAACCUCGGCACUGGUAAUUCCAGCUACCUUGUAAACCAGACUAUGUGGAGCACGUGCGAAUACCCUAAAAACGCGGUGAUGUGGCACGUGGUUCUGUUCUCCAUACUGUUGGCCAUGGGGGUGGUGCAGCUGGUGCUCUGCGGCAUCCAGGUGGUCAACGGCUGCGUGGGAUGCAUCUGCGGCGACUGUCGCAGUAGUAAAGAUGAUGAUAGUGGACUGUGAAAGUGAGGAUCGCCAAGUUGUGAACCAACCGUCUCAAGAACCAGGAACCAUUUCAUAUUCAGUUAUCACUCUGAAACACAUCUCUGAAUCCUUACUUCACUAUUGUCUGAAUUUGUUUCCUAUCUGAUGGUAUGUGUGUAUUGCCUGAUUUAUAUUGAUUAUAACAGUAAGGCUCCACAUGUAUGAAUCAAAGCGUAUAUUUGAUGUGCGACUGUGUGUUGAGGUGAAUGUGACAACACAAUAAUAGCUGAUGAAGUCAUAUGAGUUCUCUAUGAUCAUCAAUAUUUAAAACUAAUUAUUUUCCCAACCAGUUUCUAUAUUAAACAUAGCUGCUGUUUGUCUCCAGAAA